AUGUGGAUUACACGGCUCUCCUUCCCCUUCUCCUCCUCCACCCUGCUCCUGCAGCUCCUGGUGCUCCUCUGGACCCAGACCCCGGUGCCCCCGGCCAGGGCCUGCCAGGAGGAGGAUAUGCCCAACCAGGUGAUCCUGGACUGGUUCCGCCAGCGUGUCUUGGAUGGUCUGGGGCUGGAUAAGGCGCCCCCGCUCGUCCCCAGAGACCCUGAGGUGGGCAGGCUGCGUCCAGAGGCUGGGCAUAGCCAGCGGAGGUCCUUCAGGGUGGGCAGGGCAGCCUGGGCGCACCACCACCAACGGCAGCACCAGGAGAACACCCAGGUCAUACUCUUCCCCAGCACAGACUCGACCUGCAACCUUGCAGACCCUCCAUCUGAGGACCCCUCCUCCAGACACUUCACUUAUUACUUCCAGCCCUCCAUCAAUAGCCAGGAGGCCGUGGUUACCUCUGCUCUGUUCUGGUUCUACGCUGGGGAGGCAGCAGCAUCCACCUACAACUCCUCCUCCUCCUCCGCCCCUCUCUUCAUCCUCACCUCGGACCAGAAGCUCCUCCAAGCGGCUGAAGGUCCGUUCAAGGCCGCAGCAGACGGCUGGGUCACGUACCGCUUCAACCUCCACCUCCACGGCGCCUUGGCAGAGAGCUCCUUUGUCCUGCAGGUGCGCUGCCUGGUUUGCGACUGUCGCGAGGCCGGGGAACCCGACAAAACGCCGUUCAUCCACCUCCACACCCAGCCCCGCGGGCCGGACCGCUCCCCUCGCCGCGCCCGGGUCACCAUCCCCUGGUCCCCCUACACCCUGGACCACCUGCAGCGCCCCUCACAGGGGGAUCAGGAGUACAGCGACUGCCGCCGUAUGGAGAUCAACAUCACCUUCGAGGAGCUGGGCUGGGACAACUGGAUCGUCUACCCCAAGGUUUUGAACUUCUUCUACUGUAAGGGGAACUGCACGGCCUUGGAGCGGACCACCACCAAGCUGGGGAUUAAGCAGUGCUGCGCCCCCGUCCCAGGAACCAUGAAGUCCCUGAGAUUCACCACCACUUCAGACGGAGGCCUGUCCUUCAAGUACGAGACCCUCACCAACAUCAUACCUGAGGAGUGUAGCUGUAUCUAG